GUUUUUACUUCCUUCUGCGCACACCUCUUAACGCCUUGUUCGUGAACUUGUUAGAUUUAACUCAACACAUUCACGUAGUGCCUGCAGCUGAAUAAAAGUACAUAUUUUUUUAAGUUUCCUAAAUUUUUAGAGCCCUGAAAGUCGCCGAGGAAUGACGUCAGGACGUAUCACAUUGAAUGAUGACGCCGUUUGAUCAUUAAAAAAAAAUCUGCCGUUAAAAAAAAAUAUCUGAAAAUUAGGUCAGCAAACAACACAACAGCGACGGUCCCGUCAUGAAUAGCUGCUUAACCGUCUGCUCAUUAAUUUGAACUUUCACAAAGACGCGCCUCUGGCGUAAAAUAACCUGUUCCGACGAGGAAAGAUGUCCGGUGUUUUCAGCAUCAAACGAGAGCUGUAGCGUUAGACCGGUCCGUUUUUAUGUCCGUGUUCCUCGGCUGGGUUUGGGAGACCCUUGAGCCCAAAUCAACGUUGACGCUGCUACCGCCCCGGCCAGACUGAGGCUGAAUGGUUAGCCGGGGGUAGGAAAAAACACCGACAAAUACCACCGGAGAGAAUCUGGAAGCUGUUCUGCCGAGACCUAGGAAAUCACUCCACGCUUCAUCUCCACAGCCUGGUAGCAACACAGUGCACAUUUCAGUAGUUCAGAAAAAUAUUUGCAAUAAUCUGGCACGUGAGCACAACUACCUACAAUAUGUGAACAUCAUCACACUGCCGCAGAUCUUUUUUACCCCCUGGUAGACGUGAACAGUUAGGUUGAGUUUGCUUCGACAAUGUCAAGCCGCCGGAAAUCCACCACACCAUGCAUGGUGCUGCCUACUGAUGUGGUGGAGCAGGAAGUUGUAGAAGAGAAAUCAGAAAUGACAAAGGAGGAAGAGACAGGUGAUGAGGAGGAGGAGGAGGGGGGGAGAGUGAAAGAAGGAAUGGAGGGAGGACCACCUGCAGAGGAUCUUGGUCAGCCUGUAGUGGUUGUCCCCACUCCACAGGAUGCAGAUGAAAGCAGUGUCUCUACUGUUGAAGAUGCAGCCGUUGACUCCUCCCUGAAAAGCAGAGCUGCAGAUCCUCCUGAUGAUCCAAGCAGUAAUCAGCCGAUCCAGGAACAACAGCAUGAUUCACCUGAAGAGGGUGGGGCAGACCCUUCAGUGGUUUCUGCCAUUUCUCUCAGCAAGACCCCAAUCAUGAGAAUGAAAACCAAAUGUGAACCCAAGAGAAUCGCCGUGUCCCUGAAAUCAGCUGAUGAGGCAGCAGAGGGUGAUGGGGAGUUGGGUGGAGAACAAGAGCCCAUAGAAGCUCCGCUCGGGCCAAUGACACCUGUUGAGAUGUUGCUGCACAACCCUAUGAAAUUUGGGGGAGGUGGCUUCCUGGUCAGUCCACCAGAGCAUCAAAGAAAAUCAUCCAUAUUAAAUCCCACUAUUCUGCCUGCUGGCCUGGCACAGGUGCUUUCUGCCUUCCAAGCCCAGCAGAGUGCAGCAGCAGCUCAGCCACAGCUUCUGAUUCCACUCAGCAGCAUCCCCUCCUACAGUGCAGCUAUGGACACUAACCCUCUUUUAGGCAGCACAUACAAGAAGUUUCCUUACCCAUCCAUGGCAGAAAUCAGCAGCCUGGCAACGCAGACACAGUUUACAGAGGAGCAGAUCAAGGUGUGGUUCUCAGCUCAGCGACUGAAGCAUGGAGUCAGUUGGACUCCAGAGGAAGUGGAGGAGGCCAGGAGGAAGCAGUUUAAUGGUACAGUGCAUACAGUGCCUCAGACUAUCACUGUCAUACCUGCGCACCAACUGUCAGCUGCUGCUAACGGCCUACAGUCCAUUCUGCAGACCUGCCAGAUAGUGGGCCAGCCUGGCCUUGUGUUCACACAGGUUGGUCCAGGGGGAAAUCUUCCAGUAACCAGCCCCAUUACCCUUACCGUUGCGGGGUUACCCAAUCGGUCCCAGAGCUCCAGCAGAGUUUCCUGUCAACCGACUCUAACAAACAGUGAGCUGAAACGAGCAACCACAGUCCAGCCUCCCUCUUUGUCUCCACAGGAGAACUCAGCUCUCAGCGCUGACACAUUCAGCACCCGACCUAAGAAAUCCAAAGAGCAGCUGGCAGAACUGAAAGCUAGCUACCUGAAAAACCACUUUGUUACUGAUGCAGAAAUUGCCCGCUUGAUGAAACUAACUAACCUGACAAAGGGUGAGAUCAAGAAGUGGUUCAGUGACACCCGGUACAACCAGCGCAACUCCAAGAACAGCCAUGUCAUUGUUUUCCAUGAUGGUGGAAGUAGAGCUGGGAGCAGUUCUAGCAGUGCUGCAAACGCCACCAUUGUUAUUGACUCAAGUGAUGAGACCCCCACAUCCCCCCAACCUCCAUGCACUCCUCCUGUGAAGGAGAAAGAGACCCGACCCAAAACAUGGAACCCUUUCCCAGACUUCACCCUGCAGAAGUUUAAGGAGAAGACACCAGAGCAGUUAGUGGUGCUGGAGGAGAGUUUUGAGAAGAGCAUUACUCCAUCAGAUGAGGAGCUGAGUCGUCUGAGGACAGAGACGAAACUCACUCGGAGGGAGAUUGACGCCUGGUUCACUGAAAGACGAAAAAUGUCAUCUGUCAGUACUUCCUCCCCAGAUUCUUCUGAGGGGGAUAAAAUGGAAACAGACACCACAAAAGCAGGAGCCGGGGGAGAAACAGGAGGACCAACCACCUCUCCUCUUUCUGCCUCCUCAUCUCGAAAGGGUAGUCAGACACCUCCCAGCAGUCGCAGUAAGCAGCUGCCCAACAGCAGCAAGAAAGACAUAAAAGAUAAAAGUAAAAAGUCUCCGGAGCAACUCCAUAUUCUGAAAAGUGCCUUUGUGCGGACCCAGUGGCCCACACCAGAGGAGUAUGAUCAGCUGGCAGAAGAGAGUGGCCUUCCUCGCUCCUACAUCGUCAGCUGGUUCGGAGACUCUCGCUACUCCUGGAAAAAUGGAAACCUUAAAUGGUUCUUUCAGUACCAAAGUGGCAACAUUGAAGGACCAAACAACGGAGGUAGCAGUAAAAUGGGAGGUGGCAGCGGAAGUCGAAAAAGACGUGGUCGAAAUCGUGGCUGGGGACGAUCCCGAACCAGGAAACAGCCAAAGAGGUCCGCCUCCUCCUGUGCAGAUAUCAGCAAAUUGACCCCGCCAAAGAAAUUUAAAACUGCGAAGGAAAUCCUGAAGGAAUACUACCUGAAGCACCAGUUCCUCAAUGAGCAAGAUCUGGAUGAGCUUGUCACCAAGACCAACAUGAGCUAUGAACAGGUGCGGGAGUGGUUUGCUGAAGUCCAACGACGCUUGGACGUGGGAUUAGAUCCCUUCCUUGACCCAACUGUGGAGAGAACAGAUGGAGACAAAGCAGCACAAAGCAAUGACGAGACGCAGGGAGAGACGUCCGUGGCCUCCGAGGAGCAGACCGGCCCAGGGGUGGGAGAUGAAGAUGAUGAAGACGAGGAGGAUGAUGGCGAAGAAACGGAUGACAGUGAGGUUUGGGAACCAUCACGAAGCGUCAGGAAAUCAUUGUCAGUUUCUGAAGACUAGAAAUGGUGGGACAGGGUAAAACUUGACUGAUUGUUACAAGAGAAAAAAUGGUUUUGAUCAAUGCUGGAAGACUGCAAAACUGUGUAGUCAUCAUUUCACUGUUUUUAAACGAUUUCUGAACAUGUCCACAUGAGACUAAUGGAUCAUUAGGGUUUGUUUACUCAGUGUUAGCAAAAUUUACACAAAAAUCAAACUCUGAGUAGCUGGUAAAGCAUUUAAUUAGUAAUACCUUGUAAAAAAGAACAUCAUGAUGUGAAUUAGUCUGGCUCAGCUGACAGUAAAAACAACUGAGAUAAUGUACUUAUCCCAAAAUUACAGUAUUCCUUAAUUCUGUUUUAAACAGCUAAUGAAUACUGGCUGCUGAACAUGGCAGAUCCUCUGAGGACUUGGCAGUUUUAAUGUGUACCCUGUUUAUUAAAUUAGCUUUCCUUUCUUGCUAAAAUAAACCACUGAAGUCGAUUUACACAAUGAUGAUGGGAGGGUUAAACGGUUGUGAGCACACUCUUAGAUUCAAAAUUCAGUCUACAAUGCUAUGAAUGUCUCAUGACUAGUCCCAAAUGAAAAUAUAUGCAUAAAUACAAGAAUUAAUAAAAAAAAAUCACAAUAUCUGUUUAAGACAAAAGCCUCAACUAGUGGUAGAAAACGUACCUUAAUGUUGAAUAAAUGCUUUUAAACAACACAGGACUUCUUCCCCUCAUGUAGGCCCAUUGUUGUAUUUCAUUAAUAGAGAUUUUUAACUUAAUACCUGCAAAUCUGAUGGGAAUGAUCCUACUGCUGUUAAUGUUUUCACUUUUUUAUUCACCUUUUGAUAGAAAGCAUCCUGUGCUGUUCUGGUGUUCUUUAGGGGGGAAUGUAGAUUUGGACAGUAAGUAUCUGUUGUGCCAAAGUGGAAUAUGUUGCCUUCCAGGCACUGAGCUGCAGUUUGUUGCAGAGGCACUCUUGAUGAACUAAAUAAUGUAGACCGUGAGGUCAUUCAAAAAAACUGAGAACUUCUGCUGCAGUAUUUCACUGCUGGUUGUAUUUUCCCCCCAUGAUAAUGUCGAUGUAAGCACCAGCUGCAGAUUCAGGGUGUUUUAGGACUAAGUCGGUCCACAAGUGAUGAUCUCAGCCCAAAAUCACUGAUGCCAGGCCUGUGAAUCAUUUGUGUCCUGACCUAUGUUGUGAGAGACAAGUACAAAGUAGAAUUUGUUUUGCACUGAAAUUAAAUCUGAAGCACCUAAAUUAAACUUUAAAAAGCACUCUGUCCGCUUGUCCAUAGUGGACUAAAUUUGAUUAGGCACCUUACUCUCAUAUUAUACCAUGAAAUGGCUCUGUGAGACUAAACUGUUUUUUGUACCAGUAUUUUGCCUUUUUUAAAUUAUUAUUAUUGUUGUGUAUUCAAAAGAAGGAAUAUUACCAAUGUAAGCAUUUUUUUUUCAAUAACAUACGUUAUGUGUUUGAGUUAUAAGUUUACACGACUAAAAACAAAAAAUAGAACAAUCACCUUUAUAGUUUUUUUCAUCACCAAAUUGCACAGUUUGGGCCCUAUUAUUAAUUAUUUGUCCAGUUUAUAAAGCCUGUGUUUGUUAAAUUUGUCAUGUAUAUUGAUUUUUAUUGUGGAAGCUUCCUCCCCUCUUUUGCUUUUCCUCCUAGUCUGACUGCUUAUGCUAAUUCUCUUGCCUUCUUUUGUAAAAUGAAUGACUAGAUUUUUAAUGUGCACUUCCCCAAAGCUUCUCUGCAAAUGCUGGCAGUGUCUUGUUGGCUGUCAUGUCUCCUGAAACUGCUCACAAUGCAGGCAGACAUAAAACAUGGACAUCUUCACAAGACUGAGUUAUUUAAAAAAAAGAAAAAAAAAACAUUCUUGUAAAAUUUGCUUUCAUUCAUGGAAAGAAUUUAGCUGGGAUAAAGACUUUUCACAGCCUUCCCUUUGUGGUGGGAAGUCUUCCAAACAACAAGCCUGUUUGUGUUUUUGUCACACUUUCCUGUUUUAAGAUGUCACAACAAAAGACUGACCACCAUCUUAACUACUGUUCUUCACCUUGAGACUCGGAUGAAGCUUUGCUGUAAACCUAUGUGCCUAAAUGGCUUGUACACUUGUUUGAAAGGGGAAGUUUUCAAACUGUUAACUAUGGAAAUCAGAAAUCUUCUUAAAGAAGACUUGUUCAAACUGAAUUGUGAUGCAUGAUCAAGCUCUGCUUUCCACUCAACGUAAAAAGAUGCUCAAUUGUAAAAGUUGACUUUAGCAACUUCUUUUAUAAAUCCUCAAACGGAUACUUUGUGGUUCAGAAUUUAAUCACGUUUUGUUUGCAGGUAACUGUCACACCAGUUUCUGGCAUCUUUUGUCACAAACAACGUUCUAGCAAGCAUCUUUGAAACUAAUAUUAGAUGUCAUCUGUAAAUUAGCUUGUUUUUAGGAACUGAAAAGAAUUAAAACCUUGGUGCAUUUUUUUAGGUGAGCUGUGCCUGUUCAUGAAAAGAACAACUUCAAAAUGUGACGGUGUGUUUUUGUCAUAUACUGCAUGCAAUAACUAAGAAACAACAACUCAUUUUGUACAUACAAUAUGCUAGCUUGGUAUACUUGGGAAAACAGAAGUCUAAUCUGGGCUAAACUACCAGUUCCUUUCUAUCACCUAAUUGACUGUAGUCAAGAGUUCUAUUUUCAUGUUAGUCCCCAACUUUAUAAACUCUUACUCAAGUCUAGCUACUGCCAGAUUGGAAGGGCUUGCUUUUUUUAUCCAACUUAAUUUAGAUUAAAAAAAAAAAGCCCAAAUACAAUUAUUCAAUGGCAAGUGUUUUGUACCCUUUUAUAAGCAUUUCACUCUUGGUAUUUUACUAGUGCUUAGUAUGAAUGGUUUAGUCACAGGUUAGGCUUCCUGCUCCCAGGUGUCCAGCGCUCAGUUUUUACUGUGUUCUUUCUUUACAUAAUAGUCUGCUCUGUGUGCUCCUAUGUUUCUGUCAACACAAAGUAAGUCAUGUCAGCUCUACCCAGAUCAGUCAGUGGAUUGCGUGUUCAGACAGACUCAUACAGUAUCUACAGUAGAAUAGUGCAUAUAAAUAGAAUCACUUUUAGAGUUCAAUCAGUGUUGCACAAGAGGCUUUUUGAUACAUUGGUUGCAAAAACUAUAGAAGCAGACCUCAGUAGACAGGACAAAGUCUAGUGGAGGGAGUUACUGGGAGAGAAUGGGAAUUUCUUUGUUUUUGCUAGGCUUAUGUUCAGAUUUGUCUCUUAACCUGGAGCCAAACAUACACAAAGAUGCAGUAAAUGUUACAGGAACAUAUAAAAUCUAUUAAUGACAAAAAUGCACUGAAGAUUUUAUUAUUGAAAUUCAGGUCAUGGGUGUUGGACACAAAUCUAAAAUGUUUGAUAUAGAAAAAAAAUGUUUUCAAUCUGUGACAUUCUGCAAUAAAAUGCAGGCAGUUUUACAGUUAAAAUCUCCAUAUCUGACAAAGUGGCUUUGUCAUGGUGCAACCUGUAUUCACAAUUUCCCGACAUCUAUUCAGUGAGUUAUGAUUCUAUAUCCUAUCCUCCUCACGUAUCCGAGUUACUCUGGUGCAGUAGAGCAAACAUUAUGAUCUGCAUAGUUUACCUGCCGUCCGUCUGUGCCCAUGCGUCUUAACUGUAACCUCUGCUGUAUUUCUGCUGUUGUCCUCAUUUGUUUUCUGUAUUUAAGCAGGUAGUGUGUUAAUGUUCCUUUCAAUAAUCAGACUGAGAUGUAGUUACUAUACGACCCCCAACUUUAUGAUAAGAAAUACACCAUGUCAGAAGGGAAACAUACUGUUUGUAGAAAUGAAAAUGUCUUUUGAAAAUCUUUAACUGAUUUUUCACCAUCUGUUCUGUUGUCUGAUCCUAUUCUUACUUUGUGACCCCCCCCCCCCAAGUUACUGCUUAAAAUGGGCACAAGUAUCUUUUAAAUCAAAACAUGAACAUUUUCUGUCUUUUUUUUGCUUUAUUACCUGAAUCAUGACAGUGAUCUUUCACCACUUAUAUUAAGUUAUUGAGACACAUAUAAUGUGGGAAGAAUACAAUGAUCUUACUGUAUGCUCUGUCCUAAUAAAUGGAUUAAGACAAGA